AUGGCAGCAGUAGCAUCGGUGCUGGCGGCGCCUUUGACAUCCACGGACCGCCUUGAAGCGCUGCUGCUCGUCGCUCGAUCUACAAAGCCGCGUGGUGCAGCAGCAGUGAAUCUCAUCCAUCAAGCUGUCUCUGCUCCUGGCGUCUUCUUCUUUGGCGAGCUAUUCGACGUAGCAGGUGUUGCGGAACUGUCGAUGUCUUCCGAAAUACACCUUGUGGCCGGCUAUCAGCUACUAUGUCUCUUCUCGUACGGCACAUACACCGAUUACGUGCAUCUGAAUCGAUCUGGUUGUGUACCAGAACUGUCCAGAGAUGAGCUGCAGAAACUUCGACAGCUGACGCUGCUAUCUCUAGCGAGUCAACACAAGGCUCUAUCAUACGCAUUACUCCACAAAGCCGUCGGUAUCCCCCCGGACAACAGCAGGGAAUUGGAGGACCUCAUCAUCGAAACUAUCUAUGCAGGCUUGAUCUCAGGCAAGCUGAACGAACUACAGUCGAGAUUCGAAAUACACCACGUUCAAGGUCGAGAUGUUCCGCAUCCCUCUCUGAUGUCAUCACCAGCAUUAUCUGCGCUGUCAUCUCUCAGCAGUAGCACGCCCCAACUGGAUCAGAUCGUUGCAUCACUCCAGAACUGGCAGUCUUGCACGGUAUCUGUGUUGCAAAGUCUACAAUCACGGAUGGAUGAAACCCGUCACAGUGCCGCCGAUUCAGCCCUCCAACACCAGCAGCAUCGCCAAGCACUGCUGCACAACUUGAUCGAAUCGCAGCACCUGCUCGAAAGCCAGCAGCAGCAGCAGCAGCCAAAAAAGGGAAAGAGUGCAGCCAAUCCGAUGGACAUCGAUGACGUCGAUAAUCCAUGGGCCGCACCCAAGAAGAAGGCUACCGUCGCAGGCGCCAGGGGUAGCAAACGGUCCCGCGCUUGA